UUCCAAGGUGUUGUGCGUAGUGUUUAAGGUACUGACCUGCUACAAGAAUGGACGAUUACAAGGAAACCCUUCAUAAUUUACAGAAACACGAUCAAGAACAUUUAUUAACUUACUACAAUGAAUUAGAACCUGCACAAAAAACAAAGUUAUUAAAUGAUUUAAAAAAGUUGGAUUUACAAAACAUUGCGGAUAUUCGGCAACAGUCAAUAAAACUAAGCAGCCAUAGUGGAAAGUUGGAUAGUAAGAUGCAUCCAAUACCACAGGAACAGUUUGGAAGCGUGACACGAUCUGCUCGGACUGAUGUUGCUAAAUGGGAAAAAGAAGGCUUAAAAAAGAUAUCUGAAGGCAAGGUUGCCGUGUUGUUGUUGGCUGGUGGGCAAGGUACGAGGCUUGGGGUGAAAUAUCCUAAAGGAAUGUACAAUGUUGGUACCCAAUCACAGAAAACACUCUACCAGAUAAAAGCAGAAAGGAUAAGGAGGUUACAAGACCUUGCAUAUGAGAGGACAGGAAGAAGGGGGAUUAUACCAUGGUACAUAAUGACAAGUGAAGCUACCAUGAGCCAAACUAAAGAAUUUUUCGACAAGAACGAUUAUUUUGGCUUGCUGCAAAAGAAUGUUGUUUUCUUUGAGCAAUCUACACUUCCAUGUCUUGAUUUUAAUGGAAAAAUAUUUUUAUCUGAGAAACAUAAGAUAGCUGCAGCACCUGAUGGCAAUGGUGGACUUUAUAAAGCUUUGGUUCAUUGGAACAUACUUGAUGAUAUGGAUAAGCGAGGUAUUGAAUGCACCCAUGUGCAUUGUGUGGACAACAUACUCAUACGAAUGGCAGAUCCUGUGUUUAUUGGCUUCUGUAGUCUUCAUAAUGCUGACUGUGGGGCUAAGGUUGUAGAAAAAUCAAGUCCAACUGAAUCAGUGGGAGUUGUGUGUAGGGUUGGUGAUGUUUAUCAGGUUGUUGAGUACAGCGAGGUAUCAGAGGAAACAGCGAAGAAACGAGAUGAAUCGGGUCGUCUUGUUUUCAAUGCCGGCAACAUUUGCAAUCAUUACUUUACCGUUCCAUUCCUGAAAACUGUUUGCAGUUUAAAGGAUUUGCCCCACCAUGUGGCGAAAAAGAAGAUCCCCCACAUCGAUUCGAAGACGGGAGAAAAGAUCACCCCGACCACUCCUAACGGGAUCAAGAUGGAGAAAUUCGUUUUCGAUGUUUUCCAAUUUUCCAAAAACUUUGUCGUAUUGGACGUACCACGCGAGGAUGAAUUCUCCCCAUUAAAGAAUGCUGAAGGUGCUGAUAGUUGUUCCCCUCGGCACUCAAGAUGGACGCUGUCGUCUCUACACCACAGGAGAUUAGUUGAAGCAGGUGGAACAAUAGUAGAUGAAAAUGGAGUAGAGAUUAAACCUUUGAAUGGUGUCAAUCAAUAUGAAGGGGAAUAUCCAGUGGUGUGCGAAAUAUCUCCAUUAUUAUCGUAUGACGGAGAGGGCUUGGAAAAGUUUGUCAAAGGUAAAACAUUUCGGUCGCCAGUCAUCUUGUCAGAAGAUCUAAUUAAGAAUGGGAAUGUUGAGUAAAUGAUACAAGUAUAAAUCAUCAAGCUAUCAACUAGCUUGGUGCUUUUUUACCAAUUAUUUUAAACCCUAUUCCCAUAGUACAUGGUGUCAUAUCUAAUAUUACCAGUCAGAAAUAUCCUAUUAUAAAUAGCUCAUUUGUUUGCUAUUAAUUAGCGCUACAAGAUUGCACUUUAUAUGCAAAAUAAGUCAAAUUAUCUAAAUAAUGUUUAUCUAUUUCUGAAGCAUUUUAUGGCCUAAUAAUAAGUGUGUUUGUUUCAGUUUGCGCAAUAAUUCCGUGGAUAUCCAAUCCUAUGUUACGGCUAGUUUUAAUUGUGCACUUUACGUUAAAUUGUUGGACACACACACUCGUUUUAUUUAUGCUCCUGUAAUUUUAUCUGUACAAAAUCGGAUGUGUGCAUUUAUAUUAAUAUAUAGUGUCAGAUAUAUUUAUAUUUUUAGACAAAAUUUUAUGUUGUGGCAAUGGACAUGCAAUUAUUUGGAUUCAAUCAAUUAACAAUGUAAAAACAAAAUUUUACCAAAACCCUCAUGAUUUUAAUGUAAACUGAAAAAGUUUAGAGUCCUUAUUCGUCAACCGUGCCUUUUAUUUUACCCUUAGCAACUAUAUUUAGCUUUAAUUUUCAUUUUUAUAAAUUAUUGCUUAUCUUAUUUAUCGGUGCUGUAGGCUGUUACUUUAUAAUUAGUAGCCAUGCAUGAAUUUAUUAGCACUUUAAAGAAAACAUUUUCAAAGUAUUUUGCUAUAUUGGGAUUUAGAACUAAUUUGUCUCAACUGUGUUUAAAUUGGUAAUUCUUCACUCAUAUUUACCCAUUGGAUUCAAGCUCUAUGCAGAUUGCACUAAUAUCAGCAUUAUUGCCUUGAUUCAAACAAUAAAGUUUAACAGGUUAACAUG